UAAUAGAUAAAACUUGUUAAAGUCGGAAAAACACAGAAAUUAUGGCAGCCCAAGUUAUGGCAGGCUGCAGUGCGACGGGACUGCGUGAUGUUUGCGAGAAUCCAGAUCUGUGGGCCUAUGUCAGGACAUUGAAGGAACAUGCCGAUGACAAUGUAACGAAUGGAAAGCUUCUGGAGGGCACGCAAUCCCAAUCCUUGAGCUUCGAUAUAUCCUCGGCCGUGUUUUACUUUGGCUUCUGUGCCUUGAUCUCGCACCUCUUGCUGGCGGGCGUCACAGCUGUCAUAGUACACAAAUGCGUCUCCCUCAAGAUGGUGCACACAGCGGGGCAUGCCUUCUACUGUACAGUGGCUUUUGUUUUCUUUCUGGGCGAAGCUCUGCUUGUGCGUCACAGUGGAAUUUUGGUGCUCUGGCUGGGCAUAUCUAAUGUGGAUCUAUUGCACAGUGCUCUUGGCCUACUCGCCUUUGGCAUCGGCGUUGGCGGCGUUGGCAUCAAAACCUUGCAGAAGCGAGAGCGCAAGCGCGAAGAUCCAAAUGCUACGGUUAGGCACUUCCGCAGUAAUCACGGAUUCUCUGGCAUUGUCGGGUGCGCUCUGCUGCUGUGCUGCAUUCUCAGCGGCCUGCCGUUAUAUUUCUACACAAACAAAUCUCUACAGCUCGUUCAUCGCUUUUGCGCUCUCGGCAGUUUUGCAACACUGAUGACUUCACAGAUGUUCAGCUACAACACUGGCUUCGCUCGCCGCCAAUGGAAAGCUCACCAUGUCCGGCUGCUCAAGCUGUUUACAUUUAUUGCACUGAUCACAACAAUGAACUAUGAAUUUAGGAGAUUUGCGCGAGAAAUUGUUAGCUUAAUAAUGAGAGAAGUGUGGCAUUAGCUUAACGGGAAGUUAAAUGUUGUUCAUUU